AUGGACUUUGAGGGCUACAGCGCUCAAGUCUUCCCUGUUGGUAGGCUGCCUACAGGUUACAGGGGCAGCUACAACGAUGCGCAAGACGCAGAAUCAUACUUGGCGCUCGUCAGACAGGAAGCAUCAAAAGCGCCAAAAGUGCUCAGAGCCACCAUCGUCAUCGACGAGUUGACCGAGAUCCAGCCGGCCCAAGCACCUGCUCGUGAUGAUCUACCAAAUUCCAUCUGGAGAGAAGCCUUUGUUGCCAGGUUUCGUCAGACGAGAUGGCUUGCUCGCUCAGGAUCAUAUGGACUCGACUUGCCCGAUCAUUAUCUGCCCCUGCCUGACUUGCAAGACGAAAGCGGCUGGAGAGCGUAUAUUCAGGGCAAGAGCACUACCUCGAAUGCCGCUUCCCGCCUGAGCCAGGAAGAGAUUGCGCACUCGCCUGCUUACCAGAGCAAGGACGCGCCCCUCGCGAUGCUGCAUUGGCUCGAUCAGAUAGCAGCACGAUCGGUCAAUUUCGAGGCCUGGCGCGAACCUGUUUGA